AUCUCCUCCUUGUCCGUCUGAAAUUUGCUGUUAUAUUCUAGUUUGCGCUCUCUCCAUUAGGGGAUUGGGGGUGGGAUGCUCCCAAGAUUAACGCCUUCCCUGAGCUUCCACCUUUCAACAGCCCGCUGGGCCUUCUCCCCCUCGGAUCCCCGUAGAACACUGGAAACUCCGCUCCCUUCCCCUUAAAGAUAAGAGCUCGGCCCCGGCCUCGCCGAAACCCUAGCUCUAGGGUUUUGAUUAGGUUCAAUUUCUCCGCUCGAUCGAAGUGUCGGCUCCCUCCGAUCGCCGGCCAUGGCCUCCUUCCGGCCGUUCCCUCCUCCUCCUCCGCCCAAGUCAUCCUUCCCUCCGCCGCCGCCGCCGGCGCCCGUGCCGAACCAGAACCCCCUCCCGCCGCCCCCUUCUGUGCAGCCCCCGAUCGGCCACCACCAGCCCUACACCCAGCACAACUUCCCGUCCGUUGCCGGCGGCGGCGGCGGCGCUGCUCCUCCUCCGCCCAAUUACGGCCGGUUCCCUCCCAACCAGGGAAUCGGCGCCCCCUUCGACCCCCAGAGAAAUCAGCAGCAGGCUCCUCCUCCUCGGCCGCCUCACCAGCCGCCGCCGCUGCAGUACCCCUACGCCCCCCCCUUUCUCCCGGCGCCGCCGCCCUCCUCCUCGUACCCUCCGCCACCGCCUCCUCCUCAGCCGCAGCCCUCGAUGUAUUACCCUUCCUCCCAGUACCCUUCUCAGUAUAACACUCCGGCCCAGCCGCCCCCACCGCCCCCUCCGCUGCCGUCUUCCCCUCCCCCUAAUCCUUCCCUUCCUCCCCCACCGCCUCCUCCCGUCCCUCCUCCAUCCGUCCCACCCCCUCCCCCUCCUCCUCCUUCCUCUCACUCAGCCCAAUCCAUGCCCUCUAAAGAAGCCUCCCGUCCCAGGCAUCAGCCGAAGCCAUCCAUGCCGCUCAAGGAGCAGAAGCCCCCCUUGGGGCCCCCGGCGGCAGCGCCUCUGGCAGGGAGGACUGCGGCCCAUCCGGGGGCCCCGAAUGGGUCCUCUGGGAGGGUGGAGACGGAGGAGGAAAGGAGGGCUAGGAGAAGGAAGGAGUAUGAGAGGCAAAAGAUGGAGAACAAGCGCCAGCAUAUGCUGAAGCAGUCGCAGGCGACUGUGCUGCAGAAGACACAGAUGCUGGCGUCGGGCAGCACAAGGCUGCACGGCUCGAUGGCGGGGUCACGCAUGGCGGAGCGCCGGACAAACCCGUUCUUGGGUGGUGAGAGGAUCGAAAAUCGGCUGAAGAAGCCGACCACGUUCCUCUGCAAGAUGAAGUUUAGGAAUGAGCUGCCAGAUCCAACUGCGCAACCAAAAUUAUUGGCUAUGAAUACUGAUAAAGACAGAUAUACCAGAUAUACCAUCACAUCAUUAGAGAAAAUGUACAAGCCCAAACUCUAUGUCGAGCAAGAUCUUGGGAUUCCUCUUGACCUACUUGACAUGAGCGUAUACAAUCCUCCCAAAGUGCGCCCUCCCCUUGCACCAGAAGAUCAAGAAUUAUUGCGUGAUGAUGAUGUAGCAACGCCUAUCAAACAAGAAGGUAUAAGGAAGAAAGACCGGCCUACUGAUAAAGGUGUUUCAUGGUUGGUCAAGACUCAGUACAUUUCUCCUCUGAGCACAGAUGCAGCCAAACUGUCUCUAACUGAGAAGCAAGCAAAGGAAAUGCGUGAAAACAGAGAAGGACGGAAUGCCUUCUUGGAGAAUCUUAACAACAGGGAAAAGCAAAUACAGGCCAUUGAAGAAUCUUUCAGGGCAGCCCAAUUACCUCCUGUCAAUCAAACAAAUCCUAAAUUACGGGCUGUGGAGAUUCUACCUUUGUUACCUGAUUUUGAUCGGUAUGAUGAUCAGUUUGUUAUGGUAAGCUUUGAUGGAGAUCCAACAGCUGAUGCAGAGCAGUACAACAAGUUGGACAGAUCUAUUCGUGAUGAGUAUGAAUCACAGGCUAUAAUGAAAGAGCUUUUGUAGUAAAUGGUUCGGAUCCUGCAAAACCCAGAGAACGUUUUUGGCAUAC